AUGUCAGCAGGCUUUCACGGCCUGCUGUCGCGAGGAGAUCUAGUAGAUGUAACUCUAGCUGCCGAAGGCAGAUUACUUCAAGCACAUAAAUUAGUUUUAUCAGUAUGUUCGCCGUAUUUCCAAGAAAUGUUCAAAAUGAAUCCUACUCAACAUCCCAUAGUAUUUUUAAAAGAUGUUAGUCAUUCGGCUUUAAGAGACUUAUUACAGUUUAUGUAUCAAGGUGAAGUUAAUGUUAAACAAGAAGAAUUAGCUACAUUUAUUAGUACCGCGGAACAACUUCAAGUGAAAGGUUUAACCGGUAAUCAAAAUGAAGAAAGUUCCACGCCAUCCAAACCAAAGCCGACUUCAAGGCCAGGCCCGAGGUCGUCACAACAAAGGCAAUCUGUUAUGACUAAGUUAGAGACUGAUUUAGAAACUAAGACCACAACUCCAGUAGCUAUUAAGAGAACAAAUAGGCCGUCGAUAGCAUCAAAUAACUCUUCAUCAUCUCAAAGUGGACCAGCGAAACGGAAAUGUAUCGAUCCUUUGGAAGCCGGGCCUUCUGGCUCGACGAAAGACGAAUUUGUGACGAUACCGGACGAAGAAGAUAACAACGCUGUUGCACCCAAAAUGGAACCUGAAUUUGUAAACGAAAGCUUGUGGGACGAAGAUGAAGAUGGCACUAACAAUGACGAAACGAAUUUCGGCGAGGAUGAUUCGAAUAUGGACAUGUCUGGUUUUGAUGGCUCUGCCACUGGUGACGGUACUAUCUCAGCGGGUGGGGAGGGUGGUGCCGUUGGCGAUGCACAAGAAUUGUUUCAUGAUAUUGGAGCGCUAUUACAUGUCUCAUGUACUGAGUAUUUACCAUCAAAAAAGCAAUUGCCAUCCUUACUAGAAUCAGUUGAACAUCUUGAAGACGAAAACAUAGCUUCUGUACAAUUGGGUGAACCUCAGAAGGUCGUGAGACGACGUAAACGUGAGCCAACGAAAUGGAAGAAGGUUAUACGUAAAGAAAACAGAGUUAAAGGUAAACAAUAUAUAAAUACCAAAGGCAAUGUAGUACGCCAGAAAGAAAUGGAUGAGCAUCAGCCGUGUUCCUGUGUAGCAAAAUGCCACAAGAAAAUAAGCCCUGCUCAACAAAGAGAGUUAUUUCAGAAAUUUUAUGAUCUUGGAACAUUUGAUGCACAAACAUCAUAUCUUUUUUCUUUAGUUCAUGUUGCGCCAAAAUUUAGAACAUCGAUCAGUCAAAUGGAUUCUUCAAUAUCUCGGCGUUUUAAUACUAGGGUAUAUCAAGUUGAAAAUUCCGAUGGUGGAACAACAAAAGUGUGUAAAGAAUUUUUCAAGAAAAUUUUUCAAGUUAGUGAUGGCAGAAUCACUAGAUUGCUCAGGAAUAAACUGUCUGUUUCCACUCCACCACAAGAUCAAAGAGGAAGACGCACACCAAAAAAGAAAACGAAUAACGAGUAA